CGACUAACCACUACAGCGUCAAUCAAAGUGAGCCCCCCCUUUUUGUCCCUCUCUUUACUGCCAGGAAAUUGUUACUGACUGAAUUUACCAGAUGGGGCGUCUCCAAGAGUACCAGGUUAUCGGGCGUCACCUGCCCACCGAGGCCAACCCCACGCCCAAGCUGUACCGCAUGCGCAUCUUUGCGCCCAACACCGUUGUCGCUAAGUCGCGGUUCUGGUACUUCCUGACCCAGCUCCGCAAGGUCAAGAAGGCCAACGGUGAGAUCGUCAGCCUCAACGUGAUCAGCGAGAAGCGCCCCCUCAAGGUCAAGAACUUCGGUAUCUGGCUCCGCUAUGACUCGCGCUCCGGUACCCACAACAUGUACAAGGAGUUCCGUGAGAUGAGCCGCACCGAGGCUGUUGAGGCUCUCUACCAGGACAUGGCUGCCCGCCACCGUGCCCGUUUCGGUUCCAUCCACAUCCUCAAGGUUGUUGAGAUCGAGAACGCCGACACCAUCCGCCGCCCCUACAUCAAGCAGCUCCUCACCAAGGACCUCAAGUUCCCCCUGCCCCACCGCUCCGUCAAGCCUGGCAAGAAGCUGUACGCUUACUCUCGCCCCUCUACCUUCGCGUAAAUGUGAGGAUUUGGGUGUGGGGAAGUGGAGUGUAGGAAUGAAUGACUAUGUUAUGGCCAUAGCAUGCACGAAGGACACGGAUCACGCGGAGAACAAGGCGUGUAUCUACAACCCAGAAAAUGGGACGGAUGGUUUUUAUGUCUCUUUAGUAGUCCUC